AUGGCCAAACUCUCGCACUCGUUGUUAUGGCUCGCCGCCUCCAUCGCCCAUCCCGCAGCGGCGCUCCCCGGCGAUGUGAGCGCUGUGGACGCGGUCGCGGCUAAGCGCUCAGAAGGGUUGUCUGUUCUGUCCGUCGACAUUCGCGCACUCCCCGAUUCGCCGAGCGGUCAUUAUGAGCCCAAGGUCGUCGACUGCCCCUCGACGCGGCCCUCGAUCCGUCUGGCCGACCGCCUCUCAGACCGAGAGGCCGAGUGGCUUCCCCGUCGCCGGAACAACACCAUUGACCCCAUGCGCGAGCUCCUCACCCGCGCCAACAUCCCCGACUUUGACGCAGGCGCCUACAUUGAUCGCGUGCGUGACAACGCCACGGCGCUGCCCAACAUCGCCAUUGCCGUGUCUGGCGGCGGCUACCGUGCUCUCAUGAACGGAGCCGGCUUCCUCUCGGCUGCCGAUUCUCGUAACCCUGGCGCAUCCGACAACGGUACCGGCGCCAUCGGCGGCCUGCUUCAAUCCGCCACCUACCUUGCCGGCCUCUCCGGCGGAGGCUGGCUCGUCGGCUCCAUCUUCGCCAACAACUUCUCCACCGUCCCUGAUCUGCAGCAAGGGUCCGAUGGCUCCUCCGUCUGGCGCUUCGACCGUUCCAUCUUCCGUGGGCCCGAGGAGUCCGGCAUCUCCAUCCUCAACACGGCCGACUACUGGUCGACCGUCGUCGGCGAUGUCGCCCGCAAGGGUGCUGGCUGGGACACAUCCAUCACCGACUUUUGGGGCCGCGCACUCUCCUAUCAGCUCAUCAACGCCACGGACGGCGGCCCGGCCUACACCUUCUCCUCCAUUGCCGACACGGAGCAGUUCGAGAACGCCGACACGCCGUUCCCCAUCCUGGUCGCGGACGGCCGUGCCCCCGGCGAGCGCAUCAUCUCCCUCAAUGCCACCGUCUACGAGUUCAACCCCUUUGAGCUCGGCAGCUUUGACCCCACGACCUACGGCUUUGCGCCGCUGCGCUAUCUGGCCUCCAACUUCUCCAACGGUGAAAUCGCCCGCGACGGCGAGUGCGUCCGCGGUUUCGACCAGCUGGGCUUCGUCAUGGGCACUUCAUCCUCUCUCUUCAACGCCUUUAUCCUGCAGAAUGUUACCGGUGUCGCCGAGAGUGCGGACAUUCCCAAGUUCCUCAUCGAGGCCGUGACCAACGUUCUCGAUCGCCUCGACGCCGACGAAAACGACAUUGCCCAGUACGCGCCCAACCCGUUCUUCGGCUGGAACCCGACCAACGACUCGGCCAACCACGAGUCCGACCAGCUGUCCCUCGUCGACGGCGGAAUGGACCUUCAGAACAUCCCGCUGCACCCCCUGAUCCAGCCCUUCCGCGCCGUCGACGUCAUCUUCGCCGUCGACUCCUCGGCCGACACAACUUUCAACUGGCCCAACGGCACCGCCCUCCGCGCGACCUAUGACCGCGCCGGCACCGCCAUCGGCAACGGCACCCUCUUCCCGCCCGUGCCGGAUGCCGAGACGUUCGUCAACCAGCGUCUCAACCAGCGCCCCACCUUCUUCGGCUGCGACGCGAACAACUUUACCCUCGAGGACGGUCAGUCCUUGCCGCCGCUCAUCGUCUACGUCCCCAACGCGCCCUACACCGCCCACAGCAACGUCUCGACCUUCAACCCGUCCUACCCGACCGCCCAGCGCGACGCCAUUAUCCGCAACGGCUUCAACGCCGCCACGCAGGGCAAUGCUACGGUCGACAGCGAGUGGCCCGUCUGUGUUGCCUGUGCCGUCCUCAGCAGGAGCCUGCACCGCGGCAACGAGACUGUGCCAGAAGCGUGCACGCGCUGUUUCGAGCGGUACUGCUGGGACGGAUCGACCGAUUCGGCGAGCGUCAGCUCCUUCGAGCCAGGCUUCAUUAUCGGGUCCGAUGAAAAGGAGGAUGCUGCUGGCAUUGUGCGCGCAAGCUUCUGGGGCGUGGGUGUGAGCAUGGCUGUUGCGGCGCUGGUGAUGUGGUAA